UGUUAAUCUCGAUUCAACCAACAGUUCCAAAAUGGCAUCACGAAGCCCCAGUGCGGCACCGGAUACUUCAGCAAGCGCCAGCGCGGACGACAAUGCAGACGGCAACAUCGGCGAAGACAUUGCUAUCAAGGGGAAGAACGAUAAAGAUGUGUCCAUGGGCAGAUCAGGUUCACGCUCUCGUUCGCGUUCUCACUCGCGAUCUCGCUCCCGUUCUCGUUCUGGUUCUCGCUCUCACUCUCGGCCCCGAUCCCGAUCUCAUUCCCGACCUCGCCCUCGCUCUCUGAGCCGCAGUAGAUCGCUCUCGCGCAGUCGUUCGUAUUCUCGAUCACCAUCGCCCAAGCCUACAGACGACGCGCGAUCCCUCAGUCUUUCCAGAGGCAGAUUAUUGAGGCAUUCUAGAUCGCGCUCACUGUCGCGUUCCCGCUCCGGAUCGCGCCCUCGCAAGCUUCAGCGUCGCGACCCUCGAUCUCGAUCUCGGUCACAGUCCCCUAGCAACGGUGUUUCUUUGGCGUCUACUAUCAAAGUGGGUAACCUGACCAAGAAUGUGGCAGAGGGUCAUAUCAGGGAGAUUUUUGGCACCUAUGGAAAGAUCAAAUCGAUCAAUUUUCCCAUUAACCCACGAUUCCGCUUCAACAUGGGAUUUGCAGAGGUUGAAUAUGAAACACAAGAGGAAGCAAAGCUGGCAUUGGAGGGAUGGAAUGGAGGCCAACUGGAUGGAGAAGUUGUUGAGGUUGCGUUCGCAACCAAGCUCACGAAAAUCUCUCCACCGUCCGAAAGACCUGUCCGCUCACGCGCCCCGCUGUCUCCGCGACGUACCGGACGCAUGCGCACUCCUCCUCCUCCUCGCCGCCGAAUUGAGGAUCAUUACUCGCCUCCUCGCCGGCUCAAUUCAUUUGCGCCUCCACCAGGACGCCGUGAUUAUCACUCCCCACCACCAGCUCGCCGCAGGAACGAUUUUUCUCCACCACCUUCGGCUCGUCGCCGCUACAACAUAAGUAACUAUUCGCCACCGCGUCGGGCCAGAGGGGUGAAUGCAGCCCCGCUUGGAGCGCGUGGCCCUGUUCGUGGACGCUCACCUCUGCCGCCAGUAAGGGGUCGACACAGAUCGUACAGCCGAUCCAUGUCGAGAUCUCCUGUGCGAGGCAGGAAGAGGUCACGCUCGUACAGCCCAUAUAGAUCAAGAAGCCGCAGCCGCAGCAGAAGUCCGCGUGGUCGUGGUGGCCGUGGAAGGAGCUAUAGUAUUAGUAGAAGCCGAUCGCCGCCUCGUAGAGAUUAUAGCAGAGGCGGAAGCUUAAGCCGGAGCAGGAGCAGAAGCCGCGGGCGCAGCGUUGUUGCUAAAGGAGGAGCGAGACGUUCAUGGACGCGCAGUCUGAGUCGAUCGAGAUCUCUCAGCAGGAGCCUUUCCAGGAGUCGGUCGCCGAGGAGCAGGAGCAGGAGUAGGAGUCCGUUUUCGGAUCGCGGAGGACGAACAGGUCGCCGUGAUCGAUCUAUCAGCCGUUCAAUGUCUCCCCCUAGACGCCGCAGAUGAAAGCGCAGGAGAUAUGUGGCAUCGCUGCCUUCUUAGGGACAGAGAAUGAUAAUCAGAGAUCCAGGGCGCAGAACGGCUUUAGUCAGUUCUGGACUCGCCCUUUCUUUCUCCACCAUAUUGUCUCUCCAGUAUAGGCAGCCUUUUUUCUACACAUAAAUAAUAAUACGAUGCCUUUUGAUCAUUCAUGGGAUCUCAAAAUGUUCAUUGUUCAGCAAUGCGUGAAGUCCAGGAUUUUUCCCAAUGUAG